CCCCAAAAUGCCCUCGCGAGUCGCAGUCGAGCCGCUUGAGGUUGUCGCAGCAGUCCGAAGCCGACUCGGCGCCAAUUCGCCUGCCGGGUUGCAGUUUGACGCACUCCGCGACUCGCACUCCACCGGCAGCACGAGCACCACAGCGACCAUGAUGCAGCUCGAUUCGUCGUCGUCGCAUCCCGACACGGCCGUCGCGUCCGACGCUGAGGCGAUCAGCGCAGUGCGGCUGCUCAAGAACGAGAUUAUCGGCUCGCUCUCCAAGAAGACGGCCUACGCCCAGCUCGCCGCCAUUCCCCUACUUGUGGAGCUCUUGGAUGCGACGCAGAACGACGAGCUCAAGUUGCAAGUUGUAGCAACGCUGGGCAGCUUAGCCCAUGACUCGAAUGCCCGCGUCGCUGCAAUCGUCCAGGCAGGCGGGAUUGCCGCGCUGACCCGUGUGCAAGCGCAGUCCUCGUCACGGCUGCUUGAAGCAUUGAUGCGCACGCUGAAAAUCAUUGUGGCAUCGGAUGAGAGUGCUGCCGGCGAGUGGUUUAGCCAGCAUCAACAAUUUGUCAAUAGGGUUGCCGAGAUGAUUGGUCCUUCGUCCUCUGGCCUGGACGCAGUCUACCUGUUUUCGCGACUUCACACUUCUGGAGGACAGUUGACGGAUGCUACCUUGGAUAAGCUCGCCCCGCUACUGCAGCAAUCAGCAUCGCUGGAACCCACGAUCGAGGCUUUCGCCGCGCUGCUCCGCUCAACCUCGGCGUUGAUAGCGCGUCGCAUCCUGGCUCUCUCGCCUCUCUCGUCGAACAGCAACUUUGCUGCGCUGGCCAAGAAUCUGCUCAAGCACAAGUCAUCAACAGUGCGCUUGCAUGCGUGCAGUUGCUUGAUCAGCCUCUACAAGGCAAAUGUCCUCCCACUCCAGGAGUUGGGCGCGAACGAAGUGUUAAUGCCAGCGCUCGUUAAACUGCUGGGAGAUGCGUCGUCCAAGGUUCGCAUCUUGGCCCCACAGCUGAUUGCACGUUUGGUGGAUGACCACGAGGAGCUUCAGAAGUUGGCUAUCGAUCCCGAUGUGAUUAACAAGCUGGCCGUGUACUUGAAAGACGAGACCAACGAGAGCAACGACACGUCGGCAAUCGGGAUGCAGUCUCCCUCCAUUGCGGCCUACAUGCAGCUGCAUGCGCCCACCCAAGAACUCAAAGCUCAGGCAAGCUUGCGGUGCAGUGCUCUUCUCGCCCUGGCUGCCCUGUGCUCCAAGCGAGAGGAGAAUCGCAAGGCCAUUGCGGACGCGCGCGUCCUGCCCAAGCUGGUCGAGCUGCUCGAAUACCGCGACGAGUCUGUUCGGAUUGCUGCCUGCCAGCUUGCACGAUCCCUCUCUCGCUCAGUCAAGCACCUGCGCUCGUCGCUGGUCGAUGCUGGCGUGGCCAAGCCCUUGCUCAAGCUGCUCUCAGACCCAUCGACCGUCGUCCAAACGGCCGCCUCCGCAACCAUUUGCAAUAUCGUUCUGGACUUUUCACCAAUGAAGAAGAUGGUCUUGGAAUCUGGCGGAGUCGCAAAACUAGUAGAGCUCUCGUUCAAAGACGAUCACGACUUGCGUCUGAACUGUGUCUGGGCCUUGAAAAACAUUCUCUAUCAAGCAGAGUUGCAGGACAAGAACAAGGUGUUGAGCGAGCUCGGAUGGAGCAAACUGUAUCGCCUUCUGAAUGACACCCACGAGGAUAUUCGAGAGCAAGCAUUGACGUUGGUUCGAAAUCUCGUUCACGGUGCUCUGGAGGAUAUUGGGCGCGUCAUGGCCGAGUUUGGCGAGCCGCUGCUCGAGCACCUCCAGAAGGUGUUUCAAGAGGAAGCGAAUGCGCCUGUGCUUGUUCAGCAGGCUCUCUAUGUUGUGUGCAAUAUCGCCACGGGCAGCGAAGCGCACAAGACGACCUUGAUUCAGAAUCCUCUUAUUAUGACUUCGCUCGUAGAAGCAUUGUCCCACGCGGAUCCCGGUGUCCGGGUAGCUGCCGUGUGGUGCGUUAUCAAUUUGGCUUGGGCUGAGGAAACUGGCGCAAGCGACCGUGUUGCUCGCCUUCGUGAGCUCCACGUUGAUCGACUGCUGCUGGCAAUGUCGGAGGACUAUGAUUUGGAUGUCCGCGAUCGCGUCAAGACCGCGUUGGAACAGUUUGCACAUUUUGAGUCUGAUCUCGCGUCAGUCAGCAGUCCCAUGGAGUCUUGAUUUUGCGACGACGGUUGCAAAGCUCGCUAACGAAAGCUACAAUAAUAAAACGGAAAACAUAUGACAAGU